CCAUGUCUCAAUGUGUCCAAAUCUUAGUUUGAUUCACAUAUAGUCGAAAAUCUUGCCUAGGAUCCCCGGCCUCUUGAUCGCAUUAAAAACCAGCAGAACAUUGAAUUAAGUUUUUUACUGGUGCCACUACACGAGUACCUACCUGCUGUAAAGUACAUAUAGACAAAAAAGAAAACCACCACAAAACACGGUCCUCAUCUCCACCAUGCCGCGUGGCAAACUUACGUGGGACGAGGACGCGACAUUCCCAAUCCACAGCUUUCUCCGCCAAUAUUGGGACCCUCAAGAUGUUCACAUGGUCGAGGUCCUGUGGGAGGGCAUCUGGGACCCAUCGGUCAUUCGAACUUGGGAGCCCGCAUCGCAGGUACUGCCUGGUAAUUCCUUGCUAUUGAAGGAUUUGAACCGGAGAUGUGCGGCCUCAACCCCAGACCGCAGUCGACCGUCAUCACCUCAGCCUGCCGAGAUCGACCUGGUGGAUGCGAUGCAGCUCUUGCGGUCGCAUCGCCAAACUGUCGUCUUCUCGGGUGCUGGCAUCUCCGUCUCUGCAGGAAUUCCAACCUUUGCCGACUCGCAACUCAAACGGUCUGAUUUUCAGGCGUCAACAGUCGACGAUGACGCCUUUCAACAUGACAUGACGGACCUCUGGCAUCUCACGCAGCAGGCCAAACCUACACCGUUCCAUGUAUUGUUGGAAGAGCAACCAAGUAUUGUUCUGCACAUCACGCAGAACAUAGACUGUCUGGAACGGUCUCUCCCUGCCGCCGAGAGGAAAACAGUCCGACUGCACGGGUGCCUCGACACGGUCCGGUGCAGCGUCUGCCCCAGCGAUCACAGGUGGCUUCGAACCGACGAGGGCGCACCCGAGCCCCGCGGCCCAUGUACCAAAUGUGAAGCAGACGCCAGCCGUCGUCGGGCCAACGGCCAGCGCGUGCGCAACGUCAAGUCUCGCGUCGAGGCCGACGUGCGCCGGUACGACGAGACGGCCAAGGAGAUACCCGACAUUAGCAACAUCGCCGGUGGCGGAGGGCUGAAAAACUUUGACAGCAUUCUGGUCGUCGGUACGGCGGCCACCAUCCCCAAUGUGCAAGCCAUGAUUGCGAAGCUGUCGCAUGCGGUGCACGAGAGGGGAGAUGGAGGAGUGGUGAUCUGGGUCGGGCCCAAGGCCCCAUCACCGAGCCGCGCCGCGCGCCUUGGGUUGGAUUACUGGCUUUGCGUCGAGGCGGAUGAAUUCGCCCAAGAGUACGGCCGGAUAGGUCGCCGCCAGAAGCCAUUGAGGAGUAAGUGAUGAUUUGUUGUCCGACAGCGAGAUUCCAAUAUAAUCAGUCGUGAGCUCCAUUGUGAGUGUUGCUAUUCAAGAGCUUGAGAAUUCCG